UGCACUUCCCAUCCAGCGCAGCAGCCAGGAAAGAAAACAAAGCGUCCACUAACUCGCGCCUUCUCUCUGUUCACUAUCAUCGUCUUCCUUUCCGUCGUGUCCGUCACUCCCGCAGCGGCGGCACUACCAAGCAUGCCUUUCCUGCCGGCCUGUCCAUUGCCUUCCUAGAACCCGUCUGUCUCCGUCUCUUCUCGAAAUGCCAUGUCGCUUUCCUCCGACCAGCCCCAGGCCCCAAAGGUCGUCCCAGCCCAAUUGGGAUUCUUGGCCAUCUACAACCCCUCGCUGGGCACCACCGAUGAAACUCUACAAAACCAGAUUGUUUACUACUCCUCGUCCGAAGCCCGCCAUCGAAGUAGGCAGAAGGCGUCCCCGAAGCCCAGUGACGAGGCUCUGCGGGAGGAGAAUAACGAACAGCUGAGGCAGAUUGGGCUCGCCCAGGCCAUGGUUGAGUUUGGCAGAAGUUUCUCGGAAGGCAGAGCAGUAGACACAGUGGAGACCGAGAAGUCGCGCAUUGUUUUACAUGAGCUUGAAGCUGGAUGGUGGAUUCUGGCUUCAAUCAACCUGACAGUGCUCCCAACCACAUCAAGGACUCCUGCUGGAAAAGGCCGAGUUACUGAGCACCAAGAAGCAACCGAAUACUCAUCUCGCGAAGUCAAACCUGCGAUAUUGCUCCUAGGGGAUCUUUUACGAGCACAUUCUACUUUCCUAUUGCAUCAUGCCUCCUCCAUGAGCGCCCUUUUCGUGCGCACGCGCAGAUCAAAGUUUGUCGGUAUUCUUGGCCGUUACUGGGAUACAUUUCUCUCAAUAUGGAACGUUCUCAUGCAUGGCAAUCCGGCAAACAGCCUCUAUGGGGGAAUAAAAGUUGCAGCUUGUGGAGAGCUUGGUAUGGGAGUGGGUGAAGAGGAAAGGGGUAGCGGUGAGCGUGAAGUUCUAGAAGGAUUUGUUGGCCGAAUAGAAGGACUUGUUGAUGUGAUCGUGUCCCGAUUUGGGGACCUCGAAUCCGUUAAUGAUCCUGGCACUGAUAGCAGCAAGAAAGAACUACCCCGUCCCAAGCCUACCUCACCGUGGCUUGGUUCCGGUACUGAACCCGGCGCAGAGGACGGUGUCGUAUUUCUUGGUACUGGAGCCGUAUCACGGAAAUCCCUCCGGGACAUUUCGCAUUGGGUCGAGGACCUCUAUAGAUGGGGCCCGUAUGCGUAUGGGGUUCUGGAUAACCCGACCUCAACUCGCAAGCCCAAGAAGUCAAAGCAAAAACAACCUGGCAACAAGAGAGAAUUAUCCCCCAAUACGAGGAAGAAAUCUAAACAAGUGUAUGGGCUGGCAAUGCGUGACAAAGCGCCUCAAAAUGAGAGCCUAUCUUUCGAGGGUCCAUUGACCACGAUGCCUCCCAUGCCAAUGAGAGACGGCGAUUCCCCCAACAGCCCCAAAUCCAACAUAAGACGGCCUUCGUUCCACCGUGGACCAUCCAGCUUCACAAGCACUGGCAGUGAGUCGAGCAAGACCAACAAAUUUGUCUCCUAUUUAAAAUUCGGAUAUGGAACACACUGGGCUCUUGGUGGGACAUCCUCGAAGAAUGAAGGAAUUGCUGCUCCUACUGCAGCCCCUAUCCCCAAAGCAACCGCUCGACCCCCGGGCAAUUCCCUGCCUGAGGCUGUUUUUGAUGGGUCAUUUGAGACGUCUUUGAUUCCACGCAAUGACUCCUCUGGCCAUUAUAUGAUUGGCCUCAUGGGUGAUAUUGAGAACGAAGAUGGCGAGACUUCAGAGGCGGAGCCCCAAAUCCCGAAUGAUCACGCAAAUUCGGAGGAAUACAACGCAAGAUUAGUCUUGCGAACUCUGACUGUCGAACUAGAGCGAGAAGAAGAUGCUCGCGCAGAGACAGAAAUAAGUAUCGACCUUGGUCAAAACGAGCAACGGCCACCGUCCUCUAAACUUGCCGGAUCAGAGCAUACUGGGACGUCCAAUGCAUCGUUCGAGAGCCAAGAUCGAAACAAAACCAAAAAUCUCAGAGUCGUUGUCUACGUGAAUAGGCCAUUCAUUUUUGUUUUCUUGUUUGAACUGAGAACAGAUGCCUUGGCUCUUUCCAGUUUCUACCGCUCUCUCCACUAUCAAAUUGGCCCGCUGCACAAACCACUACUUAAUUCGACAACAUACAGGGCGUCCAAACCAGACGUUACCCCCGCUGAUGGCUCUACCACUCCAAUAUAUGACCUUGUUUGGGAUCCGAAACUGUUGACCAUCAACUCGACGAUCCCUAAUAUCCCAGAGCCGCUUCAGCUGCAAUUGCAAUCAGUUGAGGUGUUACCAUGGUCUCGUAUCGAAGCUUUGAACACCCAUAUGCAGAUUAUCAAUACGUAUAUCGCUAGCAGCACAGACAGAGGCAAACUUGAGCGUACUUGCAAGACGAGCCGAGGAUGGUGGGUUGUCUGGACAAGAGUUCCGGAUCCUGAGCCAUCUACAGCAUCCCUUACUUCUGGUCAGGUCAAGAUUCCUGGUCUCAUUGCCAAAAAUAGUGCCGAAACUCAAACAUCAUCUCUAGGCCCUGGACCUGGGACUGGGGCAUCUCGGGGAACCAGUACAUUCAUGAGUGCCACUUCAGCUGCUCAUCCUUUCCUCGAGGCCGUGUCCAAUGGCUAUGGAUUUGUUCCAAAGGACAAGGAAAUUUUCUUGAUACGGCGAGCAAGUGAUUAUGUGGCAAGCAAAGCGGCGGUCAGGUUUGCAAGCGGUUCUUCUGCGGGAGUGUCGGAUGCGAGUUGGACUUCAAGUGGUCCAGGAAAGCUGGCCCAGGGGAUUGGUGUCGAUACAAAGAGAUAUAUUGAGGCCUUGCUGAACCUGAAUCGAUAGACCAACAAAGUUUAUUUGUUCAUCCAGUUCAGAUUCCUGUUCGGGUACCACUUAUAAAGAUAGGAACUUGCCCCAAUGAAAUUUGCAAUAAAUCAAGCGACUUUAUGAGUGGAUGCUUUUCAGGUGACAUAUUCAG